GGACGGAGACGAGGCGUGAGGUGACCGGCUCCGGCGCGCGGCGGGCGGCGGAGCGCUGAGCGGUCUCCUGAGCGGCGUCGCCCGCCGGCGCCGCAGGGCAAGAUGGUGAAGGAGACGCAGUACUACGAUAUCCUGGGGGUAAAGCCCAGCGCGCCCCCCGAGGAGAUCAAGAAGGCCUACCGGAAGCUGGCGCUCAAGUACCACCCGGACAAGAACCCCGACGAGGGCGAGAAGUUUAAGCUCAUAUCCCAGGCAUAUGAAGUGCUUUCAGAUCCAAAGAAGAGGGACAUUUAUGACCAGGGCGGUGAGCAGGCCAUCAAGGAGGGCGGCUCGGGCGGCCCCGGCUUCUCGUCCCCCAUGGACAUCUUUGACAUGUUCUUUGGUGGCGGAGGGCGGAUGGCGAGAGAGAGGAGAGGCAAGAAUGUUGUACAUCAGUUGUCCGUAACUCUUGAAGAUUUAUAUAAUGGAGUCACAAAGAAAUUGGUCCUCCAGAAAAAUGUAAUUUGUGAGAAAUGUGAAGGCGUUGGUGGGAAGAAGGGGUCUGUGGAGAAGUGCCCGGUGUGCAAGGGCCGCGGGACACAGCUGCACGUGCAGCAUAUUGGGCCGGGCAUGGUGCAGCAGAUCCAGACCGUGUGCGUCGAGUGCCAGGGCCAGGGGGAGCGCAUCCACCCCAGGGACCGCUGUGAGGGCUGCGGGGGCGCCAAGGUGAUCCGCGAGAAGAAGACAAUGGAGGUGCACGUUGAGAAAGGCAUGAAAGACGGACAGAAGAUCGUGUUCCAUGGAGAAGGCGACCAGGAGCCUGAGCUGGAGCCUGGUGACGUCAUCAUUGUGCUGGACCAGAAGGACCACAGCGUCUUCCAGAGACGAGGCCACGACAUCAUCAUGAAAAUGAAAAUCCAACUUUCUGAAGCCUUGUGUGGCUUCAAAAAGACGAUCAAAACCCUGGACGACCGAACCCUUGUCAUUACGUCCAAGUCAGGCGAAGUGAUCAAGCACGGGGACCUGAAAUGCGUGCAGAACGAAGGGAUGCCCAUCUACAAAGCACCCCUAGAGAGAGGGGUGCUGAUCGUACAGUUCCUGGUCAUCUUUCCCGAGAAGCACUGGCUUCCUGAAGACAGGCUUCCUCAGCUGGAGGCGUUACUCCCUCCUCGGCAGAAAGUGACAGUCACCGAUGACAUGGACCAGGCAGAGCUGACGGAGUUCAGCCCCAGCGAUCAUAACUGGCGCCAGCACAGGGAGGCCUAUGAGGAGGAUGAUGACGGGCCCCGGGGUGGGGUGCAGUGCCAGACGGCCUGAGGUGGGCGGCCCGGCCGGUCGGGCACACGAUGAAUGUAAUGUUGGCACAAUGAAAGUGACAUUGCUGUAAUGGCC